AUGCCUCAAGCAAAUAAACUAAGCGAAUUUGAUUCAACUGUUAUUGAACGGGAUCCUGGUUUACGCUUGCAAAUUUGCGAAUAUCCGGUUAAUCAACGGGAUGAGCCAAAUAAGUUGAUCAGUCAUUCUGCACUUGUUGAUGAGGGGUUUAACAAUUGGAAGAGAGUAAAUGAUGGAUCCAAAUGUGUUUUUUUGCUUUAUGUCGGACUUGUAUCUUCAUCGCAUAGUCAUUAUGUUAUUAGUCAUGACAAUUUAAAGAUAUCUUCCCAAUACAUUGAAAAAGUAUUGAAUGCGCAAUUAAAAGAAGAAAUUUUGAAGAAUCGAAUGCGGGUAAAGGCAACAAUUGAAACUAUUCAAGUAUUUGCUCUUCAAGGACUUGGUUUUAGAGGUCAUGAUGAAAGCUCGACUUCAUUGAAUCAAGGUAAUCUAAUUGAAUUAUUAAAGUUCAAGGCGAGAGGAAAUGAUGCACUUGAGAGCAUUAUAUUAAAGAAUGCUCCACAAAAUGCCAAAUACACUUCUCUAAAGAUCCAAAAGGAGAUUUUGCAUAUUCUUGCUAACAGAGUUAGGAACAUGAUUUUUGAUGAAGUUGCAAGAGGUUAUUUUUGUAUUCUUGUUGAUGAAUCCCGAGACAAGUCUAAAAAAAAACAAAUGGCCCUUUAUUUGAGAUACGUCAAGAAUGAUGGUUUGCUAGGGGCAAGGUUAUUUGAUAUCGUGGGUGUCGAAAAUACAUCUGCAUUGACUCUUAAAAAAGAGAUAUCGAAUAUCCUUUUUCGAUUUAAUCUCACUAUUCAAAACAUGCGUGGUCAAGGGUAUGAUGGUGCUAACAAUAUUCGUGGCGAAUGA